AUGUCCAAGUUAAUGCGACGGCCAAAUUCCAGUCAUGUUCGUAAUGUGAUCUCUCUGUCAGCUCGACACGAAUUUUCAAGGCUAUCAGCGUCACGGAGACACACACCUCAUGAGCCAACGCGUCUCCGCGGCGCGCAGCCAGCCGAGCGCAGUAUCAGAGUGCUAUCGAAGGAAGGCGGAAAACUACCGUCGGACUUUGGCCUGUUGGAGAACACAUUCAUCGCGCCCACUGGCACUAACCGACCGUCCAUCUUGAAGUCACCUCUUCUAGCCCUCCACCUUGAACGCACACGACUCCUCGCCCGUGCCCGGGACUACCUCUCGCUCCUCAUUUCUAAAUUCUCCUCGCCCAAGGAGACGAGCUUCUGGAGUCGAGCCUUUUCUAUCAACCGCUCUACCAUUGCGCCUACGGCACUAGCCCUACAUCGUCAAAUGUACCUGUCCUUUGCCGAAGGCGACUCAUCGGCCUUACAGAAGAUAUGCUUAGACGGCAUUCUGGAUAACUUUAGAGUACGAAUCGCCAGUCGACCGAGGGAAGAGAAGCUGGUCUGGGAGUUGGUGAAAUAUAACAGGUCCGCAAGGCUCAUUUCAAACAGAGCUGCGAAAACACCCAUCGAUGGGAUGUUGAUACAUCAAUCCGUCGUUAAAAUUUCCUCGACGCAAAAGUUAACGAGAUACACAAGAGCGAAGAAUGGAGAGUUACAGCAGAUACCGGGUUCGGGUAGAGAGAAAGAUGUGGUGGAAAAUCUAGUUUUACAACGAACUACGACGCAGUGGAAACCAGGAUCAUGGAUGAUUUGGGGAACUGCUAAAGAAACAACCAUAGAAGAUAUCGAGAAAUGGAACAAGGUUUGA